AUGUCUCAAAAAACUGUGUCAAGUGUUAGCUACAGGAAUCAUAGUUUGAGAAACGAAUGCUAUUGCGGUAUCAAUGCUCCAUUGAUGACGGUGUGGACUGAUUCAAACCCAGGACGUUGCUUUUUCGGUUGUGGGAUGUACAAGAUUCAAGGUUUUAAGAAGUGCAGUCAAUUUGUUUGGUGGGAUGAGGAAAUGAACCCUAGGGCAAAGGAAAUGAUUUCGACUUUACUCCAGAAUUUGAAUGAAGAAAAGCAGAGGGUUAAAGAUUCAAUCUCAAAGGAAGAAGAAACGAAGAUGAAGAUGAAGUUACUAAAGAAACAAUUGAAGUUUAAUUUGUUCGUGACCAUUUUUGUGCUAGUUGCAUUUGUUGUAACAAUAAUUAUGAAAUGA